AUUAAAUUGAAAAGUUUGUAAAAAAGUUGAGAGGAAAGAUUUUUAAUUUAUAUCGUAAUUUGCUUGCAGUUUCUUCUAUUCAUUCCACAAUUAUGACAAUGCCGAAUAGUGCAGACGACCAAGAAAAACUUUUAGCGGAAGCCAUUAACGCUGCCCGUAAGCAAGCUUUCCAAAUGAAUCACUUUUUAGACAAAGAUCGUAUGCAGGAUGCUUUAAAAUGUGCCACUUUUAUGCUUAGCGAGCUACGUACUUCCAUGUUGUCGCCGAAAAGUUACUACGAAUUGUAUAUGGUCAUUACGGAUGAACUUUGUCAUUUAGAAAGUUGGUUUGCGGUAUAUUUAGGUAAAAAAAAUAAUAGAGAACCCGAUCUAUAUGAAUUAGUUCAAUACACCAACACAAUUGUGCCCAGAUUGUAUCUUCUGAUCACAGUGGGCAUUGUGUAUAUCAAAAAGGAUUCCUCGUUGAAACGUAGCAUUCUUAAAGAUUUGGUAGAGAUGUGCAGCGGUGUACAACAUCCUUUACGUGGUCUCUUCCUACGUAACUAUUUGUUGCAAUGCACGCGUAAUAUAUUGCCCGAUACUUUAGUAGCCAAAAAUGAGCAUGAAGGUAAUGUUUAUGAUGCAAUUGAUUUUGUGUUGACGAAUUUCGCUGAAAUGAACAAGCUUUGGGUUCGCAUGCAACAUCAAGGUCAUUCUAGCGAAAAAACAAGACGAGAAAAAGAGCGAGAGGAGUUGAAAAUUCUCGUAGGCACAAAUUUGGUUCGCUUAUCACAGUUAGAAUCAGUUUCGCUCGAAAUUUAUCAACGUUUAAUUUUGCCCGGAAUAUUAGAGCAAGUAGUUAGUUGCCGUGACGCUAUAGCUCAAGAGUAUUUAAUGGAAUGUAUUAUCCAAGUCUUUCCGGAUGAGUUCCACUUACAAACUUUAGACCCAUUCCUGAAGUCGUGCGCCCAAUUAGAAGUUGGCGUGAAUGUAAAAAAUAUUAUUAUUUGCUUAAUAGAUCGCUUAGCGACUUACAAUCAACGAAGUGGAAAGACUAGCGGCACUCAUAUCGAAUCCAUAAUACCGCCUGAAGUGCAAUUAUUUGACGUUUUUAGCGCACAAGUGGCUAAUGUUGUUCAAACACGUACCGACAUGCCGCUGGAGGAUACUAUAUCUUUACAAGUGGCAUUAUUGAGUCUAGCCCAGAAAGUUUAUCCAGAACGCGUUGAUUAUGUCGACAAAGUGUUAGGCACAACCACACAAAUUUUAGAGCGUCUCAACAUGCACUAUAUAUCUCAUAUGCUGUCGGUCAACCAGGAAUUAUCUCGCCUAUUGCGCAUAUGUAUUGACUUUUACAAUAACGUUUUAACAAUAAUACAACUGAACAACUUUUGUCCUCUUCUCGAUAAAUUCGAUCAUACGUCUCGGAAAACAUUGGCUCUAUAUCUUGUUAUGAAUAUUUUGGAAUACGAAACCUUAAUACCUACUGCCGAUGAAGCGGACGCUGUACUCAAUUUAAUUACUCCACUCAUAAAAGAUGACGAAGAAUUGGCCAACAGAAAUGAUGUUGAAAUAGGCGACCUUGAAGAAUUUGCAGAAGAACAAGGCAUUGUAGCUCGUUUUGUACAUUUAAUGAAAUCAGAGGAACCAGACAUGCAAUACAAAAUCUUACAAAUAGCUCGAAAACACUUGGGUGCAGGCGGCUGUCAACGUAUAAAGCAUGUCUUGCCACCUUUAAUUUUUUCUGCUUAUCAACUAGCGUAUAGAUAUAAAUCUAUAGCUGAUCAAGAUGAGAACUGGGACAAGAAAUGUCAAAAGAUUAUACAAUAUUGCCAUUCAACGAUUUCACCUUUAGCGAAGGCUGAAUUGCCCGAAUUAGCUCUGCGGUUAUAUUUGCAAGGAGCCUUAGUCAUCGGCGUGAUUGGGCACUCGAAUCAUGAAACUGUAGCCUACGAAUUUAUGACGCAGGCUUUUUCAUUAUAUGAAGAUGAAAUUUCCGAUUCGAAAGCGCAGCUAGCGGCAAUUACACUUAUUAUGUCAACAUUUGAGCAAAUGACUUGCUUUAGUGAAGAAAACGCCGAACCUCUACGCACUAAUUGCGCUUUAGCGGCAUCAAAACUCCUUAAGAAACCAGACCAAUGCAGAGGUGUUGUUGCUUGUGCUGCACUUUUCUGGAGCGCAAAGCAAAAUGGCAAAGAAAUGCGCGAUGAAAAAAAGACCCUAGAUUGUUUAAAGAAAGGUGCCCGCAUUGCUUCGCAAUGUUUAGACACUGGAGUUCAGGUGCAACUAUAUGUGGAAUUGUUAAAUCACUACCUAUUUUAUUUCGAACGAGGCAACUCUUUAAUAACAGUUGCUAUGCUGAAUCAGUUAAUUGGCAAAAUUAGUGAAGAAUUGCCAAACUUGGAACCCAGUGAAGAAACUAAGCAAAUCGAACUUCACUACAACAACACUUUAGCGCAUAUUAAGAGUCGUACGGAAUCAAAUGAUUUGGGCUUAGAUGUUUCAUUCGCUGGAAUUACCAUUAACUAAAAACACUGAAAUAUUCAAAAAAAUCGGUGAUGGAUUCAAAUCUUCAAUAUGAUUGAAAUUGAAAAAUUUCAGUUUCUAUACAAACCAUUUUAGACGUUGCUUUUUUUAUAGUAUUACCAAUUUUCUGCAUAACAUAGAAAAUAUCAUUAAAAGAUAAUAAGUUGAACUACACAAGUAAACUUUUCAGUUUAACUUUCGUUUUUCCCAAUAAAUGUCAAACCUAGUUUAAGACUAAUAAUCCAUUGUUGCAUUUUGACAGUAUUGCAAUUUCUUUGGCUGUUUUUUUACUCCAAUGCCUGGAAAUCGGUGAAGAAACUGUCAGUCAGCAAUAUCAUUGCGGUGAUUAGAUAUUCGGGGAAUUUAACUAAAAUAAAUUAUUAGGUUCAACGCUACAAGGGACAAUGGUUCAACUUACUUCCUACUUUUCAUUCUAUCAUGCAUUCUAUUACAAAGUCCCCAUACUCGUAAGUUUGCACACCUCGAUCGCGGAUGUCAUCAACAGGUUUAUAUUUCGGUAAUCCUUUGUUCGAAGGAUUUUGACGUAAUCUGGUAUAACUACAUCGCUAAUAGAAGAAGCUUUCAUUUUCCGUUUAUCCAAGGUUUCAAUAACGAAUCGGAAUCCAGUUAGGACCUCACAAAAUAGUUUUAUGAGCAUCAAAAAUAUUGUAAAGGUUACGUCUCUUAAACACAUCAUGUGGUUUGUCUUCGACAAUAAAUAUUAUAUCAGAAGGAAUUAUAUCAAAGAAAUUUUCGUGCGAUAUCGAUCUCCCUCUUCUUUAAAGGAAAAAGCAGUGAUCCCAGGUGAUAUAUGGAGUUAUAAAGUUUAUUGCGUUUUUCUGUUAUUCCUGCGCAACCAAAAUGUGCAUCUUCCAGAGAUAAGGCGACUGUUUUCUCAACCGGUGGCCUUUUUGUGCGAACUCCAAUACCAUUAUUUUUGUUUGUAUAAAGAAGCGGUGGGUUGGUAAUAGGAUCCAUCCAAAAGUAUGAGAUUAAUUCUAAAUCUACGAUAUUUCGUGUGCUUACACAAUUUCCUCAUGUUUUGUAAAGGCAAUCUAUUUUAUAAUCUUCAAUUUUCAACACAAGGGCAUUGUAUCGAAGUGCGAAGUAUAGCAUCCCGUUCCACACGAUAAUAUAUAUGUAAUAUAUUAAGGAUAUUUCACUCAACGGAUCAAUCAUAUCAUUAUGUAAACAACGUUUCAUAUGUGUGAAUGCUGACAAAGAAAGUGUAAUCUUUUACGUAAACUAUAUAAAUAUAUUAAAAGUUAAAAGUAAGCAGCUUUUACUUGAACUUGAUACUUCUUUAAUUGGAGACUAUAUAAAUUAUAUCAUUAACAGUGAUAUGCCUCCAUUUGGUUUUAAUUAAAGAAUAACGAUAAAUUUACCUAGCAGAAAACGCAGUGAAUGAUUUAACAA